AUGCGGCCUGGACCCGCGCUGCUGCUCCUGGGGCUGGGCCUUGGCCUGGGCCUCCCGCCCACGCCCCCGCCACGCCGCGACCCGCCGCCCGGACCCCCGGCCCGCGUCCCCCUGGAGGCCGAGGGGGCCGCGCCGCGCCGCCCGGUGGGUGCCCGCGUCCCCGGCCCGCGCGCGCACCCAGCCCGUGCGCCCUCGCGCGCGCCCCCGGCCCGUGCGUCCUCGCGUGCGCGCCCGGCCGCCCGCCAACGCUUUCGGCCGUGCACGGUCCAGAACCUGCGGAUCACGUCGAACCGGGGCCCGUCCCCGCUGGUUCUGAACCGUAAGCUGAACGCGACCCUGGACGGGAACGUGCGCGUGGACUGUGUGCAGGCGCAGAGCAGACUGGGGAGGUGGCAGGUGCUGGCCCUGCGGUCCAUGGGCGACCCCCACCACUGGCGCAGGUCCCUGAAGCUCAACCUGGUGACCGGCAAGGAGCAGUGGAUCCUGCACAUCCCCAGCAACUUCCUAGCUCCCGGCCUGUACGUCUUCAACUUCUCCCUCAGCCUCCUCGGCGCCCGCGGGGAGUUGGCGAAGGCCUCGGACCGCUUCUACAUCACCUUCACCAGAAGCCCCCUGCAGGCUGUCCUCGAGGGGCCCCGGAACCUGACCAUGAGCUUCGCCGACCCGCUGGUCCUGAAUGGCUCGGCCUCCUCGGACCCCGACGCGGACAAGAACCCUUUCGACGGCAUGCAGUUCUCGUGGUACUGCAGCACCGACGCCGCCCCCCUCCAGGGACCCCCGCAGCUCACAGGGAGGGACCACCUCUGUCUCCCGGAGCAGGCAUCUCUGCUGUGGCCGGGCCCCCAGGGCUCGGUCCUGGCGCUCCCGCCCAGGACCCUCCGAGGCGGCCGCACGUACUUUUUCAAAAUGGUCACCCGGAAGGCAAGCCGGAUGGCGUCCGCUGAAAAAACGGUCCAGGUGGAGCCCGGCCCCCCGCCGCCCACGGACAUCAAGUGCCUGGAAAACUGCGGCCCAGUGCUCAUGGUCUCGGAGGCCUUCUCCCUGUGCGCCAACUGCACCCAGUGUGCCCCCCGCGACGAGUACACGUGGUCCCUGGAGUCGGACGCCGGGGAGGAGCUCCUGUUCGACUGGGAGGCGCACACCACCACCGGGCGGGCGGGGGCCUGCGUGUCCCUGAAGGCCUUCGCGCUGCAGGGCCUCCCGGAGGCGGGCUACCGGGCGCGGGUGCACCUGGCGACGUGGGGGGGCCGGGACGUGCGCCUGGCGCACGCCUUCGCCGUGAACCAGCCCCCGCAGGCCGGGGAGUGCCACGUGCGGCCGGCGGAAGGCACCUCGCUGCUCACCCACUUUGUCAUCCAGUGUCUGGGCUUCAGGGACAAGGACGCCCCGCUGACCUACAGGAUCCUGGUCUCCGACCUGCGCGGGUUCGGCACCAUCAGCUCGCUGGGGGAGAACACGCUGGGCGCCACCCUGUACCUGGGCAACGCGUCGAGCGUGGCCACGCCCUUCCUGCCCCCGGGGGACCCCGCCGACCGCGACGCCCUGAGGCUGUACGCGCAGGUGUCCGACGCCCGCGGGGCCUUCUCCCAGGUGGCCUUCUGGGCCAGGGUGCACGCGCCCACCACCUCCCUCUCAUCGGCGGAGCUGCUGCAGCAGCUGGACGACCUGACCACGGCGCCCGUCCUGAGCGCCGUGGCCCUGGUGAGCGACCAGCACGUGGAGGUGGCGGGCUACCUCUUCUACCUGGCGGCGGCCAUGCUCAAGGACGUGCGGCCAGGGCGGGGACAGCAGGACGCGCGGGAGAGGCUGUACGAGCUGCUGGUCUCCAAGGCCGCCCUGCUGCCCCUGGACACGGUGGAGCAGAUCAGCCAGGUGCUCAUGCUGGUCACCAAGCUGACCGAGGUGGCCGAGGACCUGCCCCGGGCCCUGCAGGUCAAGGCCCUGGCGAGGAUCUGGCAGGCGAACGAGGCCCUGCAGAAGCACCGGGGGGCCGAGCACUUCGACACGGAGCAGGUGGAGGCCAUGUGCACGGGCGUCCUCACCACCCUGUCCAACCUCCUGCACCAGACCAGCCUCCACGAGGUGGCCGAGGAGCCGCUGUACGUGCUGCAGGACCUCGUGACCACCGUCCUGGCCGGGAAGGUGCCGGGCAACGAGACCACCGCCCUGAGGAGCACCAGCGUCAACAUCUACGUCAGGAAGACGCACAAGUGGAACGUCAGCGUCAUCUGCGAGGAGGGCCCGGCCGGCCCGGCCUGCUUCCAGCCCACGCUGCACGGGGCGGGCGUGGAGGGCCUGCCCGAGAGCUCCCCUGUCUCCGUCAUGUUCUGCAUGUUUGCCGCCGACCCCUUCCCCUGGCUCGCGGAGCCGGCGCUGAGCGCGGUCCGGGUGGCCGGCUUCCGCGUGACGGGGACGGGCCAGAAUGGGGACACGGUGGACGUCGUCCCCGAUGUGACGGACACUUUCCUGCUGCGGACAAACCUGAGCGACGGCCUCUUCCCCCUCACCGUGGGGCCCGAGGACCAGUCGGAGGAGACCGGGGAGCCGGGGCGGGUCACCUCGGGUGCCUUCAGCUUCGAGCUGGGCAGCACGGCCCAGGAGGUGCUGGUGUACAUCCUGACGGAAGUCACGGUGCUGUUCACCGCGUCGCUGUACGCCGGCCGCACGGUCUCCGAGGCCGCUCUGGUGGCCACCUUCCUCGUGCCCCCCGACGGCCCCCCGGUGGCCAACCAGAGCGACCACUUCGACCCGGCCUGCGCGGUGACGUCGGUCCACGUACUCUGCCUGUCCCCGUCGUUGCUGCAGCUGGUGGCCGAGAGGAGCCAGGAGGCGCCGGCCUGGCUGGCCGUGGUGCUGCGGGCGCCGCGCUUCGUCACCAGCCCCACCAGCCGGCUCGUCAACGUCUCGGUGCUCCGCCUGCAGUGCCUGGACAUGGCGGGCGACUACGGGGAGUGGCGGGAGCACACGUGCGCGCUGGGGCCGCACACCACGUGGGCGCGGGUUCACUGCGUCUGCGCGGCGCACGCGGGCCGCGCCCGGCGGCAGCUCGGCUUCCUCAGGGACACGGGCGAGCAGCUCAAGACCCACUUCCUGAGCUCCCGGGUGCUGGUGGCCCCCAACUACGUGGACCUCCGGCUGGAGGUCAUCAAGACCAUCCCGCAGAACCCCGUGACCCUCGUGACCGUCGUGCUCAUCAUGGUCCUCUACGUGGCCUUCGCCUUCUGGGCCCUGCACCGCGACGAGACGGACCAGUUCCUGCGGGACCAUGUGAUCGUGCUCCCCGACAACGACCCCUACGACAACUUCUGCUACCUGCUCACCGUCUUCACGGGCAGCCGCUGGGGCGCGGGCACCCGGGCGGACGUCUUCGUCCAGCUGCGGGGCUCGGAGGCGGCCAGCGACGUGCACUGCCUGAGCCACCCGCAGGUCCGGGCGCUCUACCGGGGCAGCGUCAACACCUUCCUGCUGACCACGCGGGCAGACCUGGGCGACCUGCAGUCCCUCCGCGUGUGGCAGAACAACGAGGGCCGGGCGCCCGGCUGGUACCUGAGCAGGGUCAAGGUCGAGAGCCUGUUCGGCCGGCGCAUCUGGCUGUUCAUGUGCCGGAAGUGGCUCUCGGUGGACACCUCCCUGGACGAGACCUUCUACCCCGUGCCCGCCGACCGCAGCCUGCACCGGGGCGACUACUUCUUCAUCGACUGCGUCCACAGCCUGGGCGCCGACCACGCCUGGUUCUCCGUCUUCUCCGGCAUGGUGGGCGACGGCUUCAACCGGCUGCAGCGGCUGUCCUGCUGCCUGGCCAUGCUGCUCGCGUCCCUGCUCACCAACAUCAUGUUCUUCUCGCUCGAGCCCGAGGACGACGAGGGCCCGGUGACCCUCAAGUACGUGGAGACGGUGGUCGUCGGCUUGCAGAGCUGCCUCAUCACCCUCCCGGUGCAGCUGGUCAUCGCCGCCUUGUUCACGUAUUCGCAGAGGCGGCCGCAGGCCGAGCUCGAGGACGUGGCCCCCCCGGCGGCCCCCGCGCCGGCCCAGGACGGGGGGCACUGGGAGGAGCGCCUGGCGGCCUGGUACACCGAGGAGGCGGACAAGGCUCAGAGGAAGGCGCUGCGGAAGAAGCAGGCCCAGGGCAAGCCGGGCGGGGCCAAGUCCAGGAGGGGCCGCCUGCUGUUCCAGGUGCCCGAGGCGCGGAGCCCCGCCCAGCCCCACCGGGACACGCCCAUGUCUCGGAGCCCCCGCCACCGGAGCACGGAAUUUGCGCAUCCGGACCCCGGGUCCCACCAGGAGAAGCCCCCGCUCGCCCUCGGGUCUGUGCCCCCGAAGCCGGGACCCUCCAGAAAGAAGCUCCGGCUCGUCCUGCCCUGGUGGUGCGUCUUCGUCGCCUGGGUCCUGGUGUUCGUCGUCUGCAGCGUCUCCUCGGCCUUCGUCAUCUUCUACGGGCUGACGUAUGGCUACGAGAAGUCCAUCGAGUGGCUCCUGGCCUCCUUCUGCUCCUUCUGCCAGUCCGUGCUCCUGGUGCAGCCCCUGAAGAUCAUCCUCAUCUCGGGCUACCGGGCCAACCAGCCCAAGUACGCCAAGAACCUCUCCUGGACCAGCAGCUACCAGUACACGCAGAUCCACCUGCGGCCCCGCGGCCUGAGCCCCGAGGAGACCGAGGCCCUGCACCGGGACAUCGCCGCCCUCCGCCGCUCCCGCAUGUACCAGCCCCUCACCGAGGACGAGGUCCGCAUCUUCCGGAGGAAACAGCGGGUGCGCAGGCGGGCGCUGCUCUUCCUGGGCUCCGUGCUCACGCACGUCCUCUUCCUGGGCCUGCUGCUGGCCCUGGCGGCCGCGCUUGACCACGCCGAGACCUUCGAGCACAAUCGCUUCCUCCUCGACCGCUUCUCGAUGGGCCUGGGCGGCGUCACCCGGCUGCACGACGUCUACCAGUGGCUGGGCCGCGUGCCUGUGCCCCUCUUCCACAACGCCCAGCAGCCCACCUUCCUCCCCGAGAGCUCCUCCAAGAUCCUGGGCCUCCCGCAGGUGAGGCAGGUGCGGGCCGAGCCCGGCGAGAAGCCCUGCCCGCCCGCCCAGAAACUGGGCCCCAGCCAGAGCCGGGGGCGGAUCCGCUGCCACCCCGAGUACGGGGUCGACCGCGAGGACACCAGGAACUACUCGAGAGCCUGGGGCGAGGCCUACGGCAAGAAAGCCGAAGGGUUCCUCUACAAGCCUCCGGAGGCGCGGACGGCCUACACGUCCUUCGGGGCCCUGGACGCCUACGGGUCUGGUGGCUACGUCUUCUACUUCUACCCCGAGGAGCAGCAUUUCAACUCCACGCUGCGGCUCGCGGCCCUGCAGCAGGGCCGCUGGCUGGACGCGCACACAUGGGCCGUGAUCCUGGAGCUGACCACCCUCAGCCCAGACGCCGGGCUCCUCUGCAGCCUGUCCGUGCUGUUCGAGGUCUCGCAGGAGGGCGCGGUGAGCGCCAGCCUGGCCCUGCACGCCUUCGCGCUGGCCGGCCUGGGCCGGGAGUCGGCGGCGGAGGUCUGCCUGUACUCGGCCCUCCUCCUCUUCUUCGCGGCCUACGUGCUGGACGAGGCGUACGCUGUGGGGCAGGAGGGGGCCGCCUACGUGAGGAGCGUCUACAACUGGCUCAACCUGGCCCUCAAGGGCCUCUUCGCCGUGGGCAUCGUGCUCUUCGUGUGGAAGCACGUCCUGGCUACGCGCCUGACCCACGCCUGCGUGUCCCGCCCGGCGGCCUUCCUGCCCUUCCACGCCGUGGCUCAGCUGGACCACGCCAUGAGGGUCAUCCUGGGCCUCCUGAUCUUCCUGAGCGUCCUGAAGAGCCUCCGGUACACCCGCGCCUUCUACGACGUGCGCCUGGCUCAGGGGGCUGUGCAGGCGGCCGCGCCAGCCAUCGGCCACGUGGCCCUGAUGGUGGCCGUGUGCUUCUUCGCCUACGUGGUCUUGGGCUACCUGGUGUUCGGCCAGCACGAGUGGCACUACAGCAGCCCGGCGGCCGCGGUGCAGACCAUCCUCUCGUACUGCGUCUCGGCCUUCCGGGACACGGAGUUCCUCGGCGAGCGGGCCCUGGGCCUGCUCUUCCUCGCCUCCUUCCUGCUGGUGGUGAUCUCCGUGCUCAUCAGCCUCCUCCGGGCCGUCCUGCUGUCGGCCUACGCGGGGAUGAGGCAGCCCGUGUACGAGGAGCCGUCGGACGAGGCGGAGGCCGUGACCUACCUGUGCCGGAAGCUCCGGGCCGCGCUGGCCUUCGUGCUGUGCCAGCCGGAGCCCCCACCCGAGCCGGAGCCCGAGUGCCUGGUGGGCAUGGUGUACGGGCAGCCGCUGAGGAGGGGCCGCCAGUACCUGGGGCUGAAGACGCGGAACAUCAGCGGGAGGAGGAUGGUCUACCUGGUGGUCUGA